AUGGCUGAACCAGAGGACGUUGAGGAGGAUCUGUUCGCCGAUCUGUACGAUGCGGACGACACCGGAAACCAAACAUCCUCUGCGGUUGAGACUUCUCAAAUCCCCCAGCCUACCCUUUCAGACACUCCCACCCGAUCUUCAGAAGUUGCUGCUCCGCAGCCUGUCGAACGUUUCCAGGACCAUUCCGAAGAUCCGCGUUCUGUGUACCAAAAUCCACAGUUUCAUGGUGGUUACCAGCAUGACCCUGGCAGUCAGGAUCUUGGUUUUGGCAAUACUGCUGCUGUCACCACCACUCCGUUGGAAACCGAGCCUCAAGGAACUGGCAUUAAAGAAGAUGGUCGGCCCCGGGAUUUGUUUCGCGGCGACUACCGCUUCUCCUGA